AGGAGAAACCUCUGCAGUCUGCAGCUCCAAAUUUUCAAGUUUUAUGCGCGUAUAUCAGUAUAUGUAUGUAAUAUUUGUGUGUGUUUGUUUUACAAAAGUUCGAGUUUUUUUUCUUGCAUUUGCGAUUAGAAAUGGAUAAUCAUUCGCAAACGAAGUACCAACACGCGGCGUUCGACGGCAGCAAGCUCGCCGAUUCGCCGGGUUCGUACACCGGCGAUUUCAGUUUCGCAAAGAGCACGGAUCGGCGAUUCGCCUACUUCCGCCAAGCGUCUCUGCUGCGUCAGAACGCUGCCGUCGAGCCCCACACGCCGCAUCAUGAGCUGGCGCGCAGCGUUUCGAGCAUUGAUAUUCCGCCGGGCAGUUAUUUUCCGGAUUAUAGGUUUUCGAAUUCGAAGGGAACGGGUGAUGGAGUCUCCGCGUUUUCCUUUGUUUCGUUGAUUUUGGGAGGAUUGAGGUCGGGAAACAAGCAGAUGAGGCGCUUGUUCGUGCUGAUUUCGCUUAAUGUCGCGUAUUCUACUACUGAGUUGUUCGUCGGCCUGUUCUCCGGGCGUAUCGGCUUGGUAUCGGAUGCAUUCCAUUUGACUUUUGGCUGUGGCCUGUUGUCAUUUUCAUUGUUUGCAAUGGCUGCUUCUCGACAAAAUCCAGAUCGCACUUACACAUACGGGUACAAAAGGCUAGAAGUUUUAUCUGCUUUUACCAAUGCUCUAUUUCUUUUAUUUAUGUCGUUCUCCUUAGCUGUGGAAGCACUUCACGCGUUCAUACAAGAUGAGUCGGAGCACAAGCAUUACUUAGUCAUCUCAGCUGUCGCUAAUUUGCUGGUAAAUCUCAUUGGUGUUUGGUUCUUCAGGAAUUAUGCCCGAAUCAGUAUUGCUUACAGAAAAGCUGAAGAUAUGAACUAUCACUCUGUUUGCUUGCAUGUUCUGGCUGAUUCCAUUCGUAGUGCAGGGUUGAUCCUAGCAUCCUGGAUGCUUAGCCUUGGGGUUGCCAAUGCUGAAGUCCUGUGUUUGGGACUAGUCUCAGUGACAGUUUUUAUGCUCGUCAUGCCACUUUUCAAGGCCACAGGCGGCGUCCUGCUACAAAUGGCACCACCUAGCAUUCCCCCUUCAGCUUUGAGCAAAUGCUGGAGACAGGUUAGUUCACGUGAAGACAUUACAGAGGUUUCUGAGGCUCGUUUCUGGGAGUUGGUGCCAGGGCACGUCAUUGGAUCCAUUUCACUACAGGUAUCGUCUCUAUCUAUCCGCCUACCCAAAUCUUGUAGGGCUUAUUGUUUGCUUUCUGUUGAUUCUCUUAAUGUUGGACUGCAUACAGGUGAAGGAAGGAGUCGAUGAUCGCUCUAUACUCCAAUAUGUCCAUAGUUUGUACCAUGAUCUCGACGUGCAGGAUUUGACAGUACAAACUGAGUAUGCUUGACUCACAGUUUUGUACACUAUUAAUCACCUGAGACCAGUGAUUUACAGUUGAAAACCAGUUUUUGUUUUAUGCAGAGGCAAAGAAUUUUAUGCAACUGUAAAGAACUGUUCGGCUUAUUUAAUGGUAGGAGCUGCCACACUAGAUUCUCAAUUGCUUUUCUGUAUGUUGGCUUGUAAUUAUUUGAAAAUUUUUGUAGAUUUCACAAUAUUAUACAUACAUGCAUACAUACAUACAUGAGGGUUUUUAUUGAACAAA